GUGACUAUUUCGCGGGAGGAAAGUAUUUGAAAGGAGCGCAUGUUUUUCUCUACGGAAGUGACAGCCAGCCACUUAUGGCGGUGCUCUGUCCAUUUCCUUGAAAGUUGCGUUGACCGCGUCUAGUUGGGACUUUUGCCAUAUUUCGUAAACCAACUUAUUUAUCAACGAAACUAAGCAAGGUUAGAAGGGCAUUGUUUGCAUUUCAUAAAGACAUCUUCUUUUCACACUUUAAUCAAAGUCUAGCUUGCGAGGGCUAGGUAGUGACCGAGAACAAGUGAAUGUUAUUCGUCUGGAAUCCUCGCUUUCGUAUUUAAUGACGGUUUUGCGUUGUAGGCUACUUUUUACUUGUUCAUUCAUUUUCAGUGGAGUGUGGCGAAAGUGAGAUUUGAACUGAGCACACGAUUGCCAUUGGCCAGUGUCUACUCGACCUGCAGGUUCGGGAAGGAAGAGGCUGAGGUCCUUUUACUCAACUGGAGUCGCUCGGGUUGUACCAUGCUGAAGACCCGUCACCGCCUACUUGGCAUUCACACUUUCGUCGGAGUUACAUCUAGAAUAUGGGGGUUUAUUCUGUACAUACUCAGGAAGCAGUUACGGACGAUAAUCCAGUACCAAACAGUGCGUUAUGACACAUUACCUCUGUCGCCUGUGUCCAGAAACAGACUGGAUGCAGUCAAGAGGAAGAUUCUGGUGCUGGACCUUGACGAGACCCUAGUCCACUCCCACAAUGAUGGGGCUGGGAGAUCCAAAGGGAGAUCUAAAGUGAGACCAUGCACUCCACCAGACUUCAUCCUAACGGUGGUAAUUGACAAACAUCCUUUCAGGUUUUUAGUACAUAAAAGGCCGCAUGUGGACUUCUUCUUAGAAGUGGUGAGUCAGUGGUAUGAGCUGGUGGUUUUCACGGCCAGUAUGGAAAUAUAUGGCUCAGCCGUGUCUGACAAGCUAGACAGAGACAUCCUUAAACGAAGAUACUACAGACAGCACUGUACAUUGGAUCUGGGUAGCUAUUUUAAAGAUCUUUCUGUGGUGCACAAUGAUCUGUCUAGCGUAGUCAUCCUGGACAACUCGCCUGGAGCCUACCGCAUCCAUCCUGACAACGCAAUACCCAUCAAAUCGUGGUUCAGCGACCCAAGCGACACGGCUCUACUUAACCUGCUACCCAUGCUAGACGCACUGAGGUUCACCUCAGAUGUCCGAUCCGUCCUCAGUCGAAAACUCCAGCAUCCGCUAUGGGGAUUCGACCAUCCGAGCUAGUAUCAUCACCGUCACUUCCUCUCUUUUUUUUUAAUGCCCUUUCUCCUGGUUUGCACGACCCCUUCCUCUGCUCUGCCCACAUCUCUCAAUCUCCACGGUGUGACCUUUUUUAAGAAGAGGGAGGGCAAAGACUGGGGGCCACAAAUACAGAGGGGGGGCGCGCUACGUAUAAGGAAAACAAAGUGGAGAGGGCAAGGUUGUUUUUUUUCCUGAAUGGAAACUCUUGCCUUUACAGUCCUUGGAUUCUGGGAGUUCAUGGCGAGUGUUUGUGUAAAUUUGUGAGAGUCGACUUGCAUUAGUUACAUUUUCUUUUUUUAGAUAAAUUAUGAAAUCUUUUUAACUAUUGACUAUGGAAAUACUGAUGACAUGAGACUAUAAAGAAACCAGUCAUUUCUUAUUUCCCGUCCCAUCUUUAUUAUAGUUUAUGCCCCUAGAACUCAACUCUCUCUCCACUACUAUACCCAGUCUAUCAUUCUUUUUCAACAUGUCUGUUAAUCUUUUCCGUUUAUCAGCUACCUUCUCAGGUAAGGGUACUUUUAAUAGUUUGGUUCUGGAGUUAAAGUUAACAUUUCAAGGAACAACUAAUAGAUAACUGAUCAACAAGCUUAAAUAGAACUGAAUAUUUACUCAGUGGUUAGGGAUGGACUGGGUCGGGCCAGGUUGGCAAUAUCUUUCAAUUAUUGGGAUGUGUGGAUUUUUACGGAGGGGUCAGCAGGGUGGUUAAUUAAGUAAUGAGUUAUUUUCUCCCUUUGUUGAGAAUAUUUUUUUACUCUUAAAUAAUUUGUGUUCUAUUCAGAGAUUUACAGAAAUAGCUGAAAAUUACUUGAAUGUUUAGUUGAUAGAGAAGAUUUUUACCGUACUUCUCCAUUCACAGAGCAAAGAUGGGUUUUCUUUUUGAUUUAUAAAACAAGCAUUCCAUUCAUGGGCACGUUUUCUUCCUUGAGCCUGAUUUUACACCCAUUCACUUUCGACAUGUACACAUGAUCACAUUUCCUUCAAUGUAACCCCAACAUCCCAGCCCAUUGAACAAUGUACGCUAAGGCCUUGGUUGGGUUUCUAUGUCACUCAAAAUCAAAUCAGUGUUUCCAAUAAAA